UUAAAAACAUCCACAGCUAUUCAUCUCACUGUGCGUGUAUACUUGACGACAGUUCUAUAAAUUAAUAUAGCAUUAUUAACUAUAGUAUUUUAUUAUUGAGUUUGCUUAUCGCCGUUUAAGUUGAACGCCAAACAUACAUACGGACCUAGACUAAUUGCGACCAUUCGCCUGAACGGGUGCUGACGGAAAAGGAAAUAUUAGAAAGUGACGGAAUGCAGAAUGUUUUAGGAAAUAUAGCGGCCACAUUGGUUAUUUUAUGUUCAAUGAUUGUCGUUUCGAUACAGGAGUCAGCAGUUCAGUCAUCUCUAAAAACUAACCAAAACGAUCAAGAUAACUUAGAUUAUACGAGGUCGUUUGACGAAGACCAAGAAGAAAAACGAGCAUGGCGAGAUUUGCAGGCGGUGGGUUGGGGAAAGCGAAGUUGGCAGAACUUAAAAUCAACGUGGGGCAAAAGGUCUCAUGAUUGGCAAAACCUACGUUCGUCAUGGGGAAAACGACAGGGCUGGCAAAAGUUGCAAAGUGGAUGGGGAAAACGUGGAUGGAACAACAUGCAGUCUGGUGGCUGGGGAAAGAGGUCUAACGACCAAAUUUUAAAUCAAUUUCCUCAGAACGAAGAGUAUACAGAAAAAAAUGAUGAUGAUAAUUCGGCGGAAAUUUUUCCCCAGGCUAAAAGGUCGUGGGACACUUUACAAGGGUCUUGGGGAAAGAGAGCCGCUGAUUGGACAAGCUUUAGAGGUUCAUGGGGAAAAAGAAGUCAACCGUUGGACUACUUAAACGAUUAUUCUAGCUACAGAGACGACAUUUAUAAAGCUUACAAUUUUCCGCCAGGUUACAGCAAUUAUUUAUCGAACUACAAAAUGGAAAUCGACACUUAAAAAGUCAACUCUUUUUGAGAGAAUCACCAUUUCAAAUAAAUAUAUUAUAUGUAUUGUUAGCUCUAUAUCAGUUUUUGAAAAUAAAUGUACGUCUCCUCAGUUU